UUUCAAGAAAACUAAACAAGUCUGCAGGGAAUAAAAUGGGUUUUCCAUUGUGACCUCCCAGGUAGAAUUUGGAAAGGCAGGUCAAAGAGGGUAAAUGAGGGAAUUCAGCAGGAUGCAUGUAAUGAAAACAGCAGCAGAAGGAAUCUUCAAACAGAGAGUCCAGGCUUGAGAGGAACAUAGUGAUGUUUGAGGGGAAAAAAAUAUGAAAUAGUACAGAGAUUCUGCUCAACGCGGCGGAUGCUUGUCAUGGUCAUGGUAGGCUCUUUGAAAAGAUUUUGCAAUGAAAUGUGACUCUGUCCAUCAUCAAUCUUUUCCAAAAUUCCUUCUGUUUGGUUGUCAAGGUGCCAGGGGUAAAGCUCGCCCAUAUAUAAGGUCUCCACCUCACAGGCUGAGCCUUAGAAUGACAAAGAGAGAACAUCCUUCUGCUGAGAGAAGCCUAGACCCACGAGCUUCAGUUUAGUAAACUGCAGACAGCAUAACAUUUUUCUGAUGCUGCAGAUUUUUGAUUGUGUGUUGCACAGGAAGAAGAUGCACCAUUGGUUGCACAGAAAUGUCCUUUUCAACUUUGUGAUAGCACAGGUUUUCACUCUGGCCUGCUCCCAGGUGUGUCCACGGAGAUGCCAGUGUCCUGAAGAACCCCCCAUGUGCCCUCCAGGCGUGCCUUUGAUCUUGGACGACUGUGCCUGCUGCCUGGUGUGCGCCGCUCAAAAAGGACAGGUCUGCUCUGAGAUGAAACCCUGCGACACGCGGAAAGGGUUACAAUGUGACUACUCUGUUAACACCCACAAAAGGACUGGUGUCUGUGCUGUUAACGCGGGUAAUGCCUGUGUGUUGGAUGGUUCUGUGUAUCAAAACGGACAGACCUUCUUCCCCAGCUGUAAAUACCAGUGCAUGUGCCAUGACGGGCAGAUUGCUUGUGUGCCACGAUGCAACCUGGACAUCAUGCUGCCUGGUCCAGACUGCCCCAUGCCACGCAGGGUCCAUGUUCCUGGAGAGUGUUGUGAGAAGUGGGUGUGUGGCUUGCGGGCAGAGGCCAGUGCACUGGGCAGCCUGGCCAUGGCAGCGUUUCGUCAAGAAGAAACCGUGAGCUUAAACAGUUGGGACCCCAGCCUGAACUGCAUUGUGCAGACCACAGAGUGGGGGGCAUGCUCUGAGACGUGUGGCAUGGGGGUGUCCACCAGGGUUACGAACAAGAACGAUAACUGUGAGAUGGUGAAGCAGAGCCGGCUUUGUAUGAUCAGACCAUGUGAGGGCCUGCAGGAACAGCUGACACAACUUCCACCAUCGCAAAGGGGUGCGAGGUGCCAGAGGACGGUGAGGAGGGACAAAGCCAUUCAUCUGACUUAUAAGAACUGCACCAGCGUGCAGGCCUACAAGCCUCGCUUCUGUGGUUUCUGCACAGACAGCCGCUGCUGUACCCCCCACAGAACCAAAACCGCACUGGUGGAGUUCCAGUGUGCUGAGGGAAAGACCACCAGGAGACCAGUCAUGGUGAUCCUGACAUGUGUCUGCCACAGCCACUGUCCCAGAGACAACGCUGCAUGGCAGUCAUCAGAGACUGGUCACACUGGAGUCAAACUGUGGGCAUAGUGUAUUAUAUAUAUGACAAAAACAGCAAACGAUGACACAAUCAAAACUGAUUCAAGACUAUUUGUGCUCAUAAAAAUAUUUGAUUUUAUAAAAUCUGUAUCUUUAUUGGAACUUGAACGACUUGAUCUCUCCUGGAGAGAGAUUCAAUGGUUAGAUCAUGUGAUCAAGUUAUUUUCUUAUUUUACUAGUGUUGAGUCCAAUGCAAGCACUUAAACGUGGUUCCGUAUGCAGCUGCAACUGGUCUGCAAGUUCUUUACAAUAUUUUAAGACAACUUCUGUUUAAGAAGUUAAAAUUAAAAAAAAAAAAAAACCAGAAAAUCAACAGAUUCAAGUUAGAUAAAAGUGUAAUUUAUUAAUAACUAAAACAAAUAACCAAACAGGUUGGUAUAGAAAGAAGUUAUGACUAAUUCAAAAUGGUGGCAAUUCAACCAGCACCUAUAAAGGGCCGAUCUCAUGCAAAAUCAAUUUUUUUAAGUGACUUAUAAUGUUCAUUCCUCACAAAAAGAAACCCCAAAGCGGUAUUUUGAUCUAUUCACGCAUUUCUGAGUAUUCCUCUAAAACCCCCAGCUCUGAGCACCAGCCCCUCCCAACCCUCGAAAACGAGUGGGUUUUCACAUUGUGACAUCACAAAGCGAGGAAUAGCCCCUUCCAGCAAGAGUCAGUGCUGCCAGCCCCGCCCCCAGGCUAACGCACACACCCACUUUUUCAGCGGAGCUAGUGGUGUUUGGCUAAAAUGCUUUCCUUUUAUAAGCACAUUAUUCACAUCCAUAUUUGCAAAAGUUUGGAUGUUGUUUGUUUUGUGGGCGAGACGCAAAAACGUCAUGAAAUGGGCGGUACCCACACACAACGAAAGGCGGAGCCUCAGAGAUCGAGUUGUUUUACUUCCAGGUUGGAAAAGAGUUCAGGAAAAUAACUAACAUUUAUUAUUUUGAAAACCUUUCUGUGCCAAAGGUAGUAUUUUAUCAUAUCAAUGGAUAUGGUUUAUUAGAAAAGGCUUAAGAAUAGCACAGUAUAGGUCCUUUAAAUCUUUAAAUUUUAUUUAAAGGGACAUCACUUCUUGUUUGAUGUUCAAAGUUGUAGAUUUGUUAACUUUUUUUUGCAAUAAUAGCUUCUCUGACUAAAUCGUGUAGGAAAUACACUGUGUUCUUUGUGGAAAUUGCAUGUUGCGUGAUUGUGUAAAUGUUGUCUAGUCUCAUCAUACUUGAGUUCGCUGUUAUUUCAUAGUGUGUGUAUUUCUGUAAUUCAUAACAUGAGAGUUUGCAAUAAAGUUGCAUUUUUUAAUGAAACAGGCUCUUUUAAGUAAUGCACGAAAAGAACAUCUUUGACACUUUUUAAUCUGCAGAAAAGUUUCAGCAGUUUGCAUGAAAUAACCUGAAUGAUGUGUUGAUGGCUGAUUGCUGAAGUGCUUCUCAUUUUUAUAAAAUAUCAUUCGCUUUUUAGAAAUUGUAAGAAAUUAUUUUUCUGAAUUUUUAGACAUUUGUUUUGUAAAACACAAAUUGUAUAUCGAACUAAAACAAAACUGUCACCCAAAAAUUUAGGUUUCAACUGAGUUGUGGGUCACUGCAUCCUUUUUACUGAGAGAGUUUAUGGGUUAUAACUAUUUACCUAAUAUGCUCUUUCAAACAUCUGCUUUGGAGAUGUGCCUCUUCAUGGGAAUUACCUUUCAAGCAGUUUUUCCUAAUUUCCAUCACAAAAGUUAACAGUCGCUGUAAAUCCUGCUGACAGAAUGAGCUGACCCCUUUACAAGAAUCCUUAUGUGGAAGGUCACAGUGGAAAAUCCUCUCAUUAUCAGGGGGAUGGCAGUUUUUUCCAAAUGUGUUUCUUUGACAAACUUGAGAAGCUCAGUUUUCUAAUAAAAAAAAGAUUUUGAUUAC